GUUGGUAAAUGUCGUUGUUGUUGUUGUUGUUAUUAAAUAUUUUUUUUAUUGUUUUUUUUCUCUCAAUUUGAUCCAUCAACUAAUUUGGAUCUUGGAAAUUCAUCAGGUUUCAAUCAGCUAAUCAUCAACAACCACAUUUAUACCGGUGUUUUGAUUUUUAUAACGGAAAAAAUUCAAAAUGUUUCAGUAAUGUGUUUUAAUGCCCACAAAACCAUCAUCGCCACUAAUAAUUGGAAAUUCUCAUUAAAGUGAUUUUUAAAAUCAUUUCUGAUUAUAUUCAACAAAAAUUUCUAAAAUGCUUAGACCAACAAAAUGGUUCGGCUGGUCUCGAUCCAGUUCCGAAUCGUCUUUAGUUCGAUCCAAUGGCAAUCCACAUUCAUUGGAACAAUUAAAAUUAUUAUAUCGUUUAUUGGAAAAAAAUCAAACGGUCAGUGAAUCAAAUCGUACAUUAUUGGUUGAAACAUUGAGACAAAUUGCUGAAAUUCUAAUCUGGGGUGAUCAAAAUGAUUCUAGUGUCUUUGAUUUUUUUCUCGAAAAAAAUAUGCUCUAUUUUUUCUUGAAUAUCAUGAAACAAAAAUGUGGUGGCUAUGUUUGUACACAAUUAUUACAAACAUUGAAUAUUCUAUUUGAAAACAUCAAGAAUGAAACAUCACUUUAUUAUUUAUUAUCAAACAAUCACGUUAAUUCAAUUAUUAUACAUAAAUUUGAUUUUAGUGAUGAAGAAGUUAUGGCCUAUUACAUAUCAUUUUUGAAAACAUUAUCGCUUAAAUUGAAUACACAUACAAUACAUUUUUUCUUCAAUGAACAUACAGCCGAUUUUCCUCUUUAUACUGAGGCGAUUAAAUUUUUUAAUCAUUCAGAAAAAAUGGUACGAAUUGCAGUUCGUACGUUGACAUUGAAUGUAUUUCGUGUACAGGAAAAAGCGAUGCUUCGUUUCAUACGUGAUUGUACGGCAGCACCAUAUUUUUCUAAUCUAUCCUGGUUCAUUGGUAAUCAUAUUCUAGAUUUAAAUAGCUCUUUGGCAACAUAUAUUGAAUCAAGAAAUCAAUCAUCAUCAUCAUCAUCGAACAUUCAAGGUUCAUUGCCACAUAGUAAUAGUUCUUCUAAUCUAAUUAAUCGUCUAGAAGAUUUGGUCGCCGAACAUCUUGAUCAUCUUCAUUAUUUAAACGAUAUUCUACUCUUAGAUAUUGAUGAUCUUAAUAAUGUACUUUCAGAUAAUCUAUUGUAUCGCCUUAUAAUUCCAUUGUAUAUGCAUUCAUUUUUACGUAUUGAUUCGAAAUUUAAAUCAGAAACAUCAAAUUCCAAAGAAAUUAAUGUCAUUCUAUCGCCAUCAAUUGCAAUAUUUCUAUUAACACAGGUGUUCUUAAUCAUUUCAUAUGGUGCUUUACUCAAAACAUUGUUAUUGGCAUUGAUUUCAAACAAACAAGACAUUGAAACUAUUGCACAAAAAUGUGAAUUUACUCAGCCCAUCACUUCGUUAGAAGCAGCCAUUGAACAAGCCAUACAGACAACAUCGAAUCAAAAUUCUUCCGAUUCUAGUGAAAUGUUAGAUUCAAGUCCAUCACAUUCGAUAAAUAAUAAUGAUAAUAAUGAACAGUUAGCAGAAGAAACGGUUAAUAAUUUUGACCCAAAUCAUUCAACAAGUGAUGAAAAUAAAUCAAAAAUUGAAUCAUGUCCAGCAAUAAAUUGGCAGGAUUGUUCAUUUCUGAUUACAUUGUUAGCAUCUUUGAAUGCCAAAAUCAUUCCUAACUCUGAAUCAUCCAUGGAUAAUAAUAAUAGGAACAGUAAUAGUAGUAGCAGUAGCAGCAAAAAUUCUGAAAGAAAUAACCUCAGUAAAUCUUGUCAUUCAUCACAAAUCAUUCGAUUCAUACCCGAUUGGACAAGUUCGGACGAUAGAAUUGUUUUAUUUUCACUUUCUUUAAUUUCGUCAAUUGUUUCAAAUAAAGCUAUUGAUAGUGAGACAUAUGAGAAUAUUUUUUUGUCAUCAUUGAAUGAUGAUACAUCUUUGCCGCCAACAAAUUCGUUUCAUCAUACAUUGAUUAACAGCCUUUUAUUAAUCAUGCGUCAAUGUAGCUCAUCAAACUCAUCCAUACGUUUGGUAACUUUUGAGCUUGCUGUUCAUUUAUUCCGAAAACUUGCCUGUUGUCCACUAUCAUCGAAUGUUGUGAAUCCACCUGAAGAAUCCCAAGCGACUUCACGUCCUCAUGGUCAUGUGAUAUUGUCUGAUCAUCAAAUAGCAGUGUUAGAACAGGCUCGUGAAGAUGCUUGCCAUAUAUUAAGACACUAUUAUUGCUCAAUAGAUGAAUCAAUAUUUUUAAAUCUUUUUGAAAAAGAAGCUAGAAUGUUUCAUUCUCAUUCUUGUUCAACACGUACCUCAAUAUCAUCGUCCACAUCGGCCUCUCCAUCCAAACAUUCUGCAUCAGACCGUUCCAAUCAGAUUUGGUCAUAUGAUUCAUAUCUAACAUUGGAACAAUUGUUCAUGGAUGCUACGUUAUUGUUGCCCCCAAAUGAAAUAAACAAAGAUGAUUCAAAUUUUCAUCUACGUCUGCCAGGAAUCGAUUGUGAAAAAGCUCGUUAUAUAAUUCAAGUAUUUUUCGUUUUACGUCUUCUUUCAUUUGAUGUUCGUAAAUCAAUGGGUGAUACAAGCACCGAUGAUAAAGCUCAAGAUUUUUCCAUACUAUUAGACGAUACUAUUACUUCACCUUCGGUUUAUUUAGAUCAAUUUAUUGAUCUUGAAAAUUGUGAUCUAAAUCGGUGUUCAGUAACAUUUUAUCAGUUGGUGAAUAAUCAGCAUCGACAAUAUUCAGGUGAUGCCCGUGAUCGUUAUUCACAAUCAGCACCAGCAUCAAGAUCUGAAAGUCCAUCUCUGAUGCAAAACUCCAAUACAAGUGGUCGUCGAAUGCAACGGUUCAUGACCAUCAUGAACGAUCUUAUUAUUCUUAUUGAACCGGAUGAUAAACGAUAUGGUUGGGGUGUCAUUCGAUUUAUCGCUAGAUUACAGGAUAUUGAAAAAAUUGUUAUGCAUUCAAAAGAGCUUGGUCAUCUACAAACAUCACCACCAUUACCGGAAAAAGAUAAUAACAAAUCAUUGUAUAUUUAUUUUGAUUCAUAUCGAUUAUCAUCUUCAAUAGCAUUAGAUAACAAAAUGACUAUUACAAGAAUUGGAUAUCGUAAUCGUCAACAAAGUAUUGUGGCUAGAUUUCAAUUCAACGAUACUGUUCGUAGUUUAGUUGCACGUAAUAAUCUUUGUAAAGCGCAUAAAAAAGUAUUGGAUCGUAAAAUAAUAGCUGUGGCUAAUCUUAUUGAUGUUCCAACAAGUGGUCAAACAACAGUAUCUCAAUCAAUUAUACGUACCGGAUCAUCAUCGAAAUCCUCUCUGGAUAGUAAUAAAAAAGCUACAAAUCAAAAUCAUCAUAAUCAUCCAAUUUUAACGCGAACCUAUGCAGUUCCAGGUGUUGCUGUUCCAUCGAAAUUUCCUGUUGGCCAAUCUUCAGAUUCUUCAUCGAAUGAUAAUAACACUAAUAAAUUGGAUAUGUUAAACAAAAAACGUUAUGCCUAUUCACCGGCUGUAUCAAAUAAUAAAACAAAUAAAUCGAUUUCUUCUAAUCGACAACAACAAACAUCGGCUAAAAUAUCGAUUGAAAAUGAAAGACGUCUUAAGAAGAAAUUAAAAUAUCCCGCCAAUCAUUUAGAUAAUGAUCAUGAUCAAGAACAAUAUGGUAUACCAUUGAAUGAUCUUAGUCCAAAAACAUUGCGAAAGAAUACAUCGUCAACAAUAACAGCGGUAUCGGCUGCCGCAUCUGUUACAUUAGCAGCCGAAUGGCAAGAAAAUUCUAAUAAUUCCCAUCUAUUCAAUGAUACUCAUAUUGAAGAAGGUAUCAAUCCAUUGGAUAAUAAUAAUCAUGAUGUAGUUGAUGCCAUAUCAUUGGAUAAUCUUAAUGUAACCAGAAUGAUUAACAAUGAUAUAAAUGAAACAAUAAUUACUGCUAAUAAUAAUAAUAAUAAUAAUAACAAUAAAAAUAACAGAUCUUCACCGCCAUCAUCAUCAUCAUCAUCAUCAUCAUCAUUAUCAUCAUUGAGACGACAACAGAAUCGUACAUCUGAAACAUUUGAUGUAUAAACAAUUAUAUUCAUUCGUGGGUGUAUGCAUGUGCAUGUGCAUGAUUUAUGUAUACAAACAGAAAAAAAUUAUUAUCAAAUUUUAUCCUUUUGUGAUA